GUUCCCUGCCCUGCGAAAACUUAACUCCGCCGUCUCUCCUCUCCUCCUCGUCGCUUCUUAUCUAGGGUUUUCGGCGCCUCCUCCCUCCGGAAGCUUCUAGAUACUUCCAGCCGUCGUCGUCGCCGUCAGAGGAACUCCGGCCGCAGCAGCCAUGGCGUCCACCAAGGUCCAGCGUAUCAUGACCCAGCCCAUCAAUCUCAUCUUCCGGUUCCUCCAGAGCAAAGCGCGCAUCCAGAUCUGGCUGUUCGAGCAGAAGGACCUCCGGAUUGAGGGUCGUAUCAUCGGGUUUGAUGAGUACAUGAACUUAGUUCUUGAGGAUGCUGAGGAAAUCAACGUUAAGAAGAACACCAGGAAAUCAUUGGGAAGGAUACUCUUGAAAGGUGACAACAUAACUCUGAUGAUGAACACUGGCAAGUGAAGCUUCUUCCCAUAGGAUGGCUGGCAUUCUGGUGCUUUACGUUGAGCAUUCCUUUGAUAACUUGCUCCAUCCAGGCUGGAAUGCAAUAUGUAGCUCGUCAUUGUGGGUCACUGAGGAUAUGUAACGGCUAUGAGCUACCUAUGAACUCAGUAGUACAUUCUGCGAUUUGAGAUUUUGUGCAUGUUGUUGGGAUAAUGUGGUGCGCACAUGUGUGUAAGAUUAACAUGAACAGACUGCCGUGCUGACUUGUUAGUUGUUGGCUCUCAGUUCUAACCGCCAUCUGUUUCUGCA